GUUAACUCCCUCGGCAUUGGUUUCGUUUAACAGGAUGACAUUACAAUCGUAUUUACAUCUGGGGGGAGACCACAGUCUGCAGAGUCCUGGCUGAGACAGGAGUCAUUUAUUUAAAACCCUGCGUUGAUUCGUUGCUCCCUUCGUCUCCUCACUCGGUUGCCACAACUGAAGGCGGCGCUUGGCAUUCGUGUCGCAGGUGCAGAAAGCUGCCGGUCCAGGAAUUUUUACUACACUCCUCGUUAAGACGGACCCCCUUCCGCCUGCUGCUGCUGCUGCAGGCCUCCUCCUGGGGCAUUUUUAAAACCUCCCGAGGAUUGUGGAUCGACAUGGCUGAUACUUUAAGGAGAUUGACCAACACAUCUUCAUUCAGCGUCUUACAGGACAAGCUCGAGAGUUGGCACAAAGACUACCAUGUGAUUUCUUGUGACCAGAAUCUGAACAGAUGUUGUGAACUGAUUGAAAUCACUGCCAAAAUCCAGGGCCAACUGUUUGCCAUCCUCAACCUUACAGCUGCAGAAGGUGGACACUAUGCCGGAGUGGACACUCUGAAAACACGACUACUACCAUGGCUCGGAUCCUGUUUCUCAAUGGCGAGGCCCUCAGUCAGUGAUGACACCAGUCUACAGCUCAUCCAGGAUUCAGCAGAGAAGGACAGAAAGAUCAGGGAGCUCUCUGCCUCCCAUGAGAAUGAUUUGCAGAAGCUGGAGACUCAGCUGUGCUCCGCUCAGCUACAGCUGGAGUCGGUCAGAGCAGAGCUGCUUGAUGCUCAGAAGGAACUGGAUGAGACAAAGAGCAAGUCUACAACCACCUUUCUGGCCACUGAAGAUGAAAUAUUACAACUGAAAGCUGAUUUGAGAUCCGCUCAUGAGCAGGUGGACAUUUAUAAGCGAAAGCUGGAAGCUCUCGAUGACUAUGAGCGGCAGAUUCGCCUGUUGAGAGAUGAAGUGUCUUACCUGAGCACAGAGAAAGCCAUGCUGCAAGAGAGGUUGGUGAGGAGUCGUUCUCCGAGCCCUUUGUCCCGGCACAGCCGCUCUUCCAGCCCCGGAAGGAGUGAGUCACCCACCCGAGCCCAGCUCACAAACUCCUCCCGCCACGCCCGCCUUGUGUCGCGCUUCAAUGACCUGUAUGCUGUGGAGCGUCUGGACGCCCAGGCCCUGCUUCGCCGCUACAUUUCUGACUUGGAGAUGGUCCAGAGAAUAAUCUUUAUUGCAGUUGUGGAAUCCUUCAAGACAGCAAAACUGGCUUACCGUCAGUUCAAGCUACGAGUCAGAAAGACACUGUCCACAUCUCACUUUGGGCCGGAAAGUCUAGAAGAUGCAGCUGUGGACUACAUCGUCAGAAACCUGGACCUUUAUGAUGUUCAGACCAGCGUCAAUGAUGUCAUCAAUGCUAUGAAUGUGAACCCUCGGAUCUCCUUCCCGCCAGAGGUGGACUUUGUCCUCAUUAGUUCGUUGAUCAGAGAGGCAUGCAGAGUGGCCUUCGCCAUGCAGACACUGGACCCUCCACUGGACUUGGGCUUUGCCACUGAUGGAGAACUAUACAAUGACAUCAAGUAUCGGCGCAGCUACGACUCUGAGUUCACUGCUCCUCUGGUGAUGUACCAUGUGUGGCCAGCCUUAAUGGAAGGAAACACUGUAAUAGUGAAGGGCGAGGCUGUGACUAGAAGUGGUGCUCUGUGGAGCCGAAGCCGCAGCAGAAGCAGUAGUACCAGCCCUGUGCGCUCUCGCUCUCUCAGCCCAACUCGCAGCCUUGCAUUUAACAGCAGAAGAAGCCUGUCUCCUGGACGUCUCAGAGCUAGCCACCUGUGACAUUUGGCCACAUGUGCUGAAAGUCAAAUGCAUGGUCACACUUGUGCUUCUACCAAAUAAACGGUGAACUGUUCAUUACCUUACCAACCAAAGGCUGUGUGCAUUGUUGGAAGGAAGCUUUACAGGACAUAAGAUGAUAUAGAUUAAGCAAAAUUAGCCCAGUAGAUAACUGAAUAGUUUUUCUACUAUACUAUUUACUCUAUUAAUUUUUGACUAACAGUAUUUUAGUGAUGUUCGGGAACUUGAAGGAAACGCAUAUUUCAGGAACAAAGAAGACCUGCACACUAGCACUUUAUUAGUGCUAAAAUUAGGAACCACACUCAACACUAUCAGUCAACAUUUCAGUGGAAAACUGUAUUACUGUGCUAGUGAUUGGUGCUAAUUUAACAUCCUCCAGUACUUGAGUUACAGAUUUUUGGUCAGUGUUUUUAGUGUUUGCUGCUUGCUGUGUUGUUAUUAUUAUGUUUUUGUUAUUUUUGGUGCUGUUGUUCUAUGUAGAUAUGUAAUACCAGACCAGACUUUCAGAUAAGAUGGUGAUGAGAUUUUUCCAGUAAAAACGUAAAGAGUUGUUCACGUCGUCAUUGUAAAAAACAGAAGGGUCAGUGGCAGUUUUGGGGGGGGGGGGGG